AUGUCUCAGCAAAGAAAAGCUCUCUGGGAAGCCGAGCUCGACGAAGAUCUACAGGAUGUUGACUUGAACCUCGCCAUUGGGAGUUACGGCCAGAGUGGUCUCUAUGACGAUGCCCAGUCGCGGAUAGACGAGGCUACUUUGUUAGCUGUGCAGCAGCAAAUGGCGCAGCAAGCGGCGUUCUCUCAAAUACCAGAUGUUGUUAAACGGUUCAUCGUGCAUUUUCAUCAAGCAGUUUUGGACAACAAUCUCGCAGAGAUCACCGUUGCCUACGAGAGCGGUUGGAACCGACUAACGGAAAAGUUCUACUCAAAGACGGAGUGGCCAGAGGCAGAGGUGAUCGCGCCGUUGGUGAACGAUGAUCAGAUAUUCCUUAUCCUCUACCGCGAACUCUACUACCGUCACGUCUACUCUCGCCUUCAACCCGACAUUGAUGACCGAUUCCACUCAUACGAGAACAGCUGUGAGCUGUUCAACUAUCUGCUUAACUCGGAUGGCCCGGUUCCCCUUGAACUGCCGGAGCAAUGGCUUUGGGACAUAAUUGACGAGUUCAUCUAUCAGUAUCAGGCGUUCUGCGUCUGGAGAUCAAAAGUGAAGUCAAAGACGGACGAGGAGCUCAUCCUACUCGCAGAUGCGAGCCAGGUGUGGAGCUCGUACAGUGUCUUGAACGUCCUGUACUCUUUGAUACAAAAAUCCAAAAUCAAUGAGCACCUCAGUGCACUGCAAGAAGGAAAGAAAGCGGAAGAGAUCGCCGAGAUUGUUGGUGAAUUUGGCGUUCGCCCUCUCUACCGUAUGCUUGGAUACUUCAGCCUUAUUGGACUCCUGCGAGUACACAGUCUACUCGGCGAUUUCACGCUUGCGUUGAAAGUGAUGGAAAGUAUCGAGCUCAACCAAAAAUCGCCCUUCACUCGCGUCACGGCUUGCCAUGUUACCACCUAUUACUACGUUGGGUUCUGUUACAUCAUGCUGCGACGAUACCCAGAUGCGAUACGAGCAUUUGUCUCGAUAUUGAACUUCAUCCUCCGGAUGCGGCAAUAUCACACGAGAAGCUACCAGUACGACCAGAUCAACAAAACGGCUGAUCGCAUGUAUGCGCUAUUCGCUAUCUGCAACGCACUCUCGCCUACUCGACUAGAUGACAAUAUUUCUGGGAUCGUCAAGGAACGAUAUGGCGAGCAAUUUUCAAAAAUGUCUCGUGGGGAGGAGGGGAUUCCUGCUUUUGAGGAGCUCUUCUUGUAUGCGUGUCCCAAGUUUAUUUCAGCGAAUCCUCCACCGUACGAUGAUGCUGAGCUGCUCGCAGCUUACGUUGAAGACCCACCAGUCGAGCCUGCGCAACGGCACCUUGCACUUUUCCUCUCUGAGGUGCGCUCUCAAGCGCCGGUGCCGACACUCCGCAGCUUUUUGAAGCUUUACGCGUCACUUGACGCCAAGAAACUCGCAAAUUUCUUAGAUGCUGACGAAGAGGAAAUGGUACAACAGAUGAUGGUCAUGAAGCAGGCUAGUCGAAGCGUGAGUCGGGUCGAGAAUGAGAAGGGCCUGCUCGAUGGCCAGACGAUCUCAACCAGCGAUCUAGACUUUGUUAUUGACGAUAACAUGGUUCAUAUCGCUGAGUCUACUGUCGGACGGCGUUAUGCCGGCUGGUUCAUCAGAAAUACAGAGCAUGCGCAGCGUGUUUUUGACACGCUUCGCAACGCUCCCCUUCCCGCCUUGCCAAAACUGAAUGCAGCGCCAGUAGCUACCAGUGGGACUUCCGACGCCCCUGCCAGUGCACCACGUACAGGAGGGCAAAGGGUCGCCUGGGGCGGUGUCAAGACCGCUUAG